CUCGCAGUUUUGAACUUAAACUCGUCGAGGGAAGAUAGAACAGAAGACGAAUUUAAGAGCUACUUCAUAAAGAAGCACUCGCGACCAACGAUCGCAUCGACGCUCAUAUUCCGUCAAUAAUGUGAUGAAUAAUUUGUAGAUUGCAAUCUGUGGAUUUCGAUUGUUGUUCUCUAAUAACACUCCGCUGAUUAUGUUUCGUCCGUCGUCGAAGUUCCAAGAACGAGCCAAGAGCAAAGUGCGGAAAAGAUGGCGAUUAUUCCACGCCACGGACUUUCAAUCUCUGAUGCUUCCCUGCUUCAUCUUCUGCCGCAUCCUCGGAUUAUUCCCGUACAAGAUCAACGGCUCGAACUUCGAGACUUCCAGGCUGCGCUAUAUCCUGUCGUCCGUCAUUAUGGGCCUGUUCUGCGCUUAUGGAUUAUCGGUAUUAUACGAGAUAGACAUUAGCGGAAGAAUCGGAUUCGACGGUGUGCCCGGAUCUCUUCAGGCUCACUGCUACUUCUUGCUCGGCACUUUCAUAGCGAUCGUCACGUACAUUCUGAGCGGUGCGCGAAUGCGCUUGCUGCAGACCGUGAUGGAGAUCUCCGCGAGACUGCCGCCGGAGUCGUAUCAGAAGCUCUCCAGGAUCAUCCACACCAAAGACAUAAUUGGCUUUUCUUUCCUGCUCAGCCAAAUACCGAACUGCCGAUCUUACAACAUGUCCGACAUCCUUUAUAAAAUGUUCGCGAUGUACAUCACGCUGCUGGUAUUUCAGAUGGACAUGCUGUACAUGAAUUGCGUUUGCGUGCUGAAGGCUUGUUUCCAGAGGAUCAACCAUAAUCUGAUGAAUCUACGGGAACUCGUGGUGAACGACGAGCCGCAUCUCCUCAGGCGGAUCUAUCACGAGCAAAGAAAUCCGUUUCUACUGAUGGAGCUGAAGGCGCUGAAAAAACGGCAUCUGAUGGUCAGCGACACGGUGCAGAUGCUAAACGUGAUCUUCAGUUUGCAGCUCCUCGCCACCAUCGUCAUGACCUUCGCCGAAGUCACUUUCAGUCUGUACUUCUACAUAGCGCAGAUGCGCGAAAAGAUACCCUUGAUCAACCUAGACAAGCAGAUCUGGUACGCGUACUACAUCACGUCCAUAACGUAUUAUUCUAUAAAAAUGGCAUUGAUAGUGUGGGCCUGCGAGACCGGCAAGGAUCAGGCCGUGGCAAUCGGCACCACCGUGCACGACGUGCUCAUCAGCACCAGCGACAAGCAGAUCAAAGACGAGUUGCAGCUGUUUUCUCUGCAAAUACUGCAUCGCGAAAACACGUUCUCCGCGAAGGGUCUUAAUGUGGACGCGACGCUUCUCACCGCGAUAGUGGGAAGCAUAACUACAUAUCUGUUAAUUUUAAUACAGUUCAUGGUCACGGCGCAUAUUUGCGAUGGAAAGUCAUCGAAUGUCACAGUUACUUGAAAUAAAAGAUGAUAAAUUAAUCGAAGGAAUGUUUUUUAAAUAUUGAAAAUAUUUUCUUUAUCAUUGUGAAUAAAACGUUCGAUAUUUUGAAUACGUACAAGGCCACUUGAAAACUAAUUAUGU